UGUCUCGCGACUGGUCUGGCUGUCAUUUAGCUUCGGUCGUUUCUGAGGAGAGAAGGACAGCGGCAAAGAAACGCAGUAACGACAAAUAAAAUAAUUAAAUAAUUACGAGAACAAGGUGACAAAAACAUGAGGCCGACGAAGAAACAUAUUUGAUUGAAAUUUGAUUGGAACUCGCUGCAGUUAAUGAACCCAAGGAACGACCGAUGACGUAAAUUUUGUUUGUUAAAUAGUUUUUUUGAAAAAAAUAAGAAUAAGAUUUUGUGUCAUUGAAGAAAAGAACAAGACGCUGGGAAAUACAGCUCUGUAGGAUUAAUUUUCUAUGAAACAGAUUUAUAAGGAAACAUAUCCUCGCCGGCCAUUUAGCUUUCUCAGCCGCAGCUUAUUUUGCUGUGGUCAAGCGAACGGAUCUCGUUGGAGACGUCGCAUCUGAGAACACAAGGGUACUAAAAGGUGAAAAAAAGUCAAUUUAUUCUUCUCGAAACCUGAGCUGGGCUUCGGAAAUAGCCUAUUUGGAGAUGUUCUAGUAAGCUUUUGGCGUGAAUUGCUCAGCAGGAGAGGGAAAAGUGGCCUGAAUCUUGAUCAAACGUUAGACGUCAUCACAAUUUUCCUGUAUUUAAAUGGUCGAGCAAGGUUAAGGCUGUUUGCUGACAAGAAGCAAAAAAAAAAAACGACGAAAAGGGAAUACAGGGAAGGAGCAAAAUACUGAGUGUUUUGGGGGAAAACUAUACUGGAUCACCUAAAUGGGGGAUUACGGGUUUGGAGUCUUAGUGCAAAACAACACUGGUAGUAAGUCAGCUUUCCCAGUAAGAAUUCACCCACAUCUGCAGCCUCCGCAUCAUCAUCAGAAUGCAACCCCAAGUCCUGCUGCUUUUAUAAAUAACAACACAGCUGCCAAUGGCAGCAGUGCUGGAUCGGCUUGGCUUUUUCCUGCACCGGCAACCCACAGUAACAUGCAAGAUGAGAUUCUGGGGUCAGAAAAACCCAAAGUCCAGCAGCAGCAACAGGAGAUACAAGAAACGCAAGAAAAACAGCAGCUGUCGCCAAGCCACCAGGAAGCAGGUAUUAUGUCGGAGCUGGAGAAAGCAAGACCAGAGGAGAGUAAAGGGGAGAAUGGUACGACGGAGAGCAGCAACGGGAAGGACAAGCUCCGGAUCGAGUCCCCGGUGCUGACCGGCUUUGACUACCAGGAGACGACGGGCCUGGGCACUGCCGCCCAGUCCAGCACCUCCUCCUCGUCCUCCCUGACCGGCUUCAACAACUGGUCGGCUGCUAUCCCGCCCACCCCUUCCACGAUCAUCAACGAAGACGUCAGCUUCUUCAACCCGGCCGCCUCGGCCAGCAACGGGCCCCUGCUGUUCCAGAAUUUCUCCCACCACGUCAGCCCGGGCUUCGGGGGCAAUUUCUCCCCUCAGAUCGGACCCCUGUCCCAGCACCACCCCCCGCACCCCCACUUCCAGCACCCCCACAACCAGCAUCAGCCGCACCGGAGGUCGCCGGCGAGCCCCCACCCCCCGCCUUUCCCCCACAGGAAUGCGGCAUUCAGCCAGCUGCCCCAUUUGGCUAAUAAUUUGAAUAAGCCGCCUUCGCCGUGGGCCAGUUACCAAAGCCCCUCACCCACCCCCUCCUCCACAUCGUGGAGCCCCGGGGGUGGUUAUGGCGGCUGGGGGGGUUCCCAGGGCCGGGAUUACCGCAGGGGGCUCAAUGGCGGAAUGACACCCCUCAACUCCAUCUCCCCACUGAAGAAGACAUUCCCGAACAACCACAUGCCCUCGCAGAAGUAUUCGCGAACAAGCCCGGGCUUCAACCCCAAAUCCUGGAUGGAAGACAGCAUGAGCAGGAGUGAGAACAUCUUUCCAUUUCAGCAGGAGCGCACAAGAUCAUUUGAUGGCUUCAACAUGCACUCAUUGGAGAACUCCUUGAUUGACAUUAUGAGGGCUGAGCAAGACUCGCUGAAAGGUCGUUUAGGAUUCUCACAUCAAGGGGGAGAUAGUCCUUUGCCCAUAAAUGCAAGGACAUAUGGGAGGCGACGAGGUCAUUCCUCUCUCUUCCCAAUGGAGGAUGGAUUCCCGGAUGAUGACCGACCUGAGCAGAGUCUUCCUGGCCUAGGCUCCCCUCACUGCUUUCCCCAUCAGAACGGGGAGCGAGUCGAGCGCUACUCUCGAAAAGUGUUCGUCGGAGGCCUUCCUCCCGACAUUGAUGAAGAUGAAAUAACUGCUAGUUUCAGGCGCUUUGGACACCUUUUCGUGGAUUGGCCUCACAAAGCAGAGAGCAAAUCUUACUUUCCUCCAAAAGGUUAUGCAUUCCUUCUUUUCCAAGAUGAGAGCUCAGUUCAGGCCUUGAUUGAUGCUUGUAUUGAGGAAGAUGGGAAGCUGUACCUCUGUGUCUCCAGUCCCACCAUUAAGGACAAACCGGUUCAGAUUCGCCCUUGGAAUCUCAACGAUAGUGAUUUUGUGAUGGACGGCUCCCAGCCCCUAGAUCCAAGGAAGACUAUUUUUGUGGGUGGCGUUCCACGUCCUCUUCGUGCAGUGGAGCUUGCCAUGAUCAUGGACCGGCUGUAUGGAGGAGUUUGCUAUGCAGGCAUUGACACAGACCCAGAGCUGAAGUACCCCAAAGGAGCUGGGCGGGUCGCCUUCUCUAAUCAACAGAGCUACAUUGCUGCUAUCAGCGCACGCUUUGUGCAGCUGCAGCACGGAGAAAUUGAUAAACGGGUGGAAGUCAAGCCAUAUGUCCUCGAUGAUCAGCUGUGCGAUGAAUGUCAGGGGACCCGCUGCGGUGGGAAGUUCGCCCCGUUCUUCUGUGCCAAUGUAACCUGUCUACAGUAUUACUGUGAAUAUUGCUGGGCUGCUAUUCACUCUCGGGCUGGCAGGGAGUUCCACAAGCCACUGGUAAAAGAGGGAGGAGAUCGCCCUCGGCACAUUUCAUUCCGCUGGAACUGAACCAGCACGGUCGUCUCGAGCUGCAAACGUCAUACAAAAUAAAUGCACUUUUCUGUUGCUGGUUCCUUUUUUUUUAUUUUUAAUCUGGUUUUUACUAUUUUUUUAUUUUUAUUUAAUCUUAUUUUGAAACUGGAAUUUCGUUUUAAAAGAACACGUAGAAAAAGAAAAGUGAAAUCCAUUUUUACUUUGACUCCAUUUGUUUUUUUUUUACUAGUGCACAUGGGACUUGAAUGCAUUUAGAGCUGUUUAUGAUAUAUAUAUAUAAACAUGUAUUUAUAAACAGCUUCCAGUUAAAAAAUGUAGUUGUAAUGAUCCAAAUCUGGUGUCCUUUACCUUUGAAAUGUAUGAAAGUAGUACAAUUUUAAAUAUUUUACAGUGCAGAUGUUUGCGUUAAUUCUUCAUGAACAUUAACUUUUUAUCCACUGAGGGGUGUAGGUUUCACCUCAUAUGAAGUAUGAUAGAAACCUUUGUGCUUCUUUCGUAUGUUUCAGAGUAAAGAUAUGACUUUUUAUAUUUUUCGGAGCUUCAUUGGCUAAACCUGGACUAAUUUUUGGAAAUCAUUAAAUUAAAGUAGUUGCUUGAGGAAGAAAAGAGAAAAGAAGAACGCUGAGAGAUCCUGAAUUGGCUUUUGAUUACAAAGGUUUCUUGCUAAAGAAGGGUGCACUUAUUUCUUUAUUUUAGGAUGCAGAUUUGAAAUAAAAUCUCCCAGUAGUUAACCAAAGCUUGAUCUAAAUUGGUGUAAACAUAAUAGCUGCAGACUGGUGUUUCCUUUCCUAGAGUCUAGUUAGUGCAUUUCUUUAGACCAUCCCAAUGUUUAAAGUUAUUAAUUUCAUUAUAAAACUGUUAGCAUUUGUUCUCCAUUUUGACAUGCAAAACCUAAUACCUCAAGCUUUGCUGCUAAUGUAUUGAGUAUGGUGUAGAAAACAAGCUUUCCCCCUCCUUAAACAUUGUCCAACAUGAGAAUCAAAGGGAUAAGGCAUCUUCCGAAGGUACAGAUUUUUAAAAAGGCUUCUCCUGUUAGUUUUUUUUCCUCUCUUUGCUGGCAGGAUUAGAAACUGAGACUGUGCUCAUCACAAAUAAAAUAAGAAAUAUAGUUACAGUUAACCAACCAGGCCAAGCCUCUGUUAAGACAUUUAAACCACCUUGUAUCUGCAACCCUUUAGCAAACAUGAAAGCACAGUAAUAUUCAGGACUGCUGAUACCGAGCCCUUGUUUGUGCACGUCAGUGCAACUCUCCCAGACUCACAGCUGACCUAUUUUAUUUAACGCAAGAAACAAUGGUGAAAGGAAAUAGAAGUUAGUGUAAUUGACAAAUUUAUAAACCUAAGUCCCUUUCUGUAUCACUAGUGCCAACUUGACUAAUGCAUGUGGUAGUGUAACCAACAUAUAGCAUGUGAUGCACAAUAAAUAGUCUAGUUGUUGCAUGCUCUGCAGGUUGGCAUUUAAUAUGUCUGGCCACCUGCAAGUUAUCCACUCAAAUGACGACUGCAAUAAAGAGGUGAAACCUAGGUACUUUGGGAUCUACAGCCAAAGAUGGUUGUGCAACGGUGAGGAAUGAACAUUUUCUUUUCUUUAUCAUGAUGUUCAGAUGGGCUCCAGCAAACCAAAGAUUGGCCUCAAAUUGUUAAAGAGAAGUUAAGAGACCUGCACGAUACAAGAACUGCUAGUUCUUUUUAAAGGUAGAGGCAUCAUCAGAAAAAUCCAUGUUCCAAAGGUCAAAAUGGAGACAUUUGUUGCUAGACAGUUGAACAUCUUAGAGAAAACUGCAUUAGCUUACUUACGAACAGGUUAUGGAAAACAAAAGCUUACGCUAGUGUAGGUAAUUCCAGUAGUAUCUGAAUUUGCUUACAUAUAACUUGUCAGGGAUUUUAGUGCUGAAAUAUAACUUAUUAAUAUAGUAGUGAGAAAUUAUCCUUGUUUUGGCUUGAUGGGUGUAUUGUUGCACCAACUCUACCAUGACUUAAGUUAGGGGGUGUGGUGGGUUAACAUUUUAGUAGUAUAACACUUUUUGAAGAAUUUGCUGUUAAUGAGAAAAAAUUCUUUUGUACAUGGCCUGCUGAUUUUUUGGUACAGUGUUUUCUAGCUAAAUUAUUUUGUCAUGCACAUAUAAACAUUUAUUAUGCACUACUUUUCUAUAUCUUUUUUUCCAACAGUCAUUUUAGGCACAUUUUUCACAAAUGGGAAAACUCCUUUUUGCAAUACCUCAAUUUUUCACAUUGUGAAAGGUAGCUUUUGUACUUUUGUUACUGAGAGAUCUGCAUAUAUGGUAAACUUCAUUUAAAAGAAAAAAAUUGAAUGAUUUUAAUAUAUAUUAUUUUCAAUUCUGCUUUUUAUACAUUUCAGUGCUGAGGAAACUUUUUAACUAUAUAAGCGUGCACUGGUGUUGUGAAUUUGAGUCUGCAGAGGAGAUCGAAAGUGUAUUGCUAAAGAUCUUAUAUCUUUUCCACUAGUUUGUUUCUGUAUGAACUGAAAACAAAUGAUCUUAAAGCAUGAUGAGAAUAGGUUGUCAUUAAACUAAUGUUAAUAUUUCUAAACAUGCAUUCAGCACCUGGCUAUAUUAGAAAAAAAAUUCUGUCUCCCUCACUAAUGGUAGCAGAAAUAUAAAUAUAUUACGAAUACAAAAUUUGGUAUAUGUUAGGCUGUUAUCUUGUACCACAAGAAUGGAUGUUAGGUGUUUAAAUAUUUUAAAUUUAAAAUAUAUAUUCUUGAACUGCCAACUAGCUCAUAUUGUAAUCCUUAGCAUGCAUGAGGAAAAAAUGAAUACAGGAAUUAGCUUUUGAAAUUUAAUUGUCGUGGUUGUGAUACAGACGUGUUUAUAAAGUUUUAAUUUCUUAAGGACCCCCAUGUGUUAAUCUGUAUGCCUUCUCCAUACACAGACCUCUGCAGAAUGCACAAAUAAAACUCUAAAAUAGACUUUGCAGUGCAGGAUUUGAGCAUUCUAUAGGACACUGUUGGAAAGACUUGAGAAUUCACCCUGCUCCCCUGCCCUUUGUGUUGAAGAGCCUAAACCUUUUGCGAAAGGGGAUUUAAGACUUGAAUGUGGUAAAUGUCGCAAGUUAACUUCGAGUUGUUAUGUGCAAUACUUUUUUUGAAAUUUUUUCAGAAAAGAAUCUUUGCAAUGUAAUUCUUUAAUGCCAUUUUUAAUUGCAGACAUUUAAAGAAGAUGUUAAUAUGUUUUUCACAGUCAUUUUCUACUGUUAUUGUAAUCCUUUUCAUGCUGGUGUUUGUAAAAAAAAAAAGAAAUCAAACUAUUUGUACUAAUAUAAAUAAUUGAAGUUAUUUUUAAAACAUUAAAAGUUUUGUGCUCAUUUGCUUAUUUUGUUACUUUAUUUCAAGCUACUGUGAUUGAUAGCAUUGUAAUUAUUAGGUCAAUAAUGUAUUUAGCAGUUUAUUGGUAUAUUUUUAAUUGGAAUGUAAAAUUCAUUUUUAUAAUUUUGAUCAGAUUUUUGUUAUAUUUUUGAGGUGAAGCUUUUAAUAUGUUAAAGUGUCUAGUUUUUACUAAUUGCUAUAUUGUGCUCAACAAUAUAUGGUUCACAUUUUCAGAAGGAAAAGAUAUUUAAAUAUUUGUCUGUUAAUGAUGUUACUUAAUGGCAAAAUUUCAAUAGUUUUUAACUGUGUAUGGGAAGGUUGUUGUAUUUAUUAAUAGCAUUUUUUACUUCAGAUAUCACCUUAAUUUUUAUUAUGUCAUUUCACAUUUAUAAGUUCCUAUUUUUGUAUUUUUCUUUCUAAUUAAGUUAUGUAAUACAAAUGUCCAUAUUUCUAGAGUUGGUCUGUAGAAGUGCUAGUGAAAAAAGGAAUCUAAUGUUAUUUAAUUGUUUGCAGCCAACUAUUUAUAACAGUAUGCAUAAUUUUUAAAUAUUUGUAAUGUGAAAUGUUGAAUGAAUAAAAACUUAACUGUGAAAAAA